AAGUCUAAAGUCAAAAGUGAAAAGGGCGCUAGAAAUUAGGGUGGCCCAAGGAAUUAACUGCUCAAACUCUCUUCGUGGUGCGUGAGUGCGUGGUCGGUUAAAAACCCUAGCAAAAAAUCCUCCGGCGUUCUUCUUCUGCCAUAUUCAUAUUCAAAUGGCUCGCGCUUUUCAAUCAAUGCGAAAAGUAUGCUUACUUGAGCAUCAUAGUAUCCAGUUUCAGCACCAUAUCACACAUCCCAUCUUUCUCUUUCAUCCAUCGAUAAAUUCAGUUCAAAAUCAAAAUCAAAAUCAAAAUCAAAAUCAAAAUCAAAAUCAAAAUCAAACUCAAACACGCAGAUUAAGUAGCUACCUGCGAAAGUCAGCCAUUGACGGCAACAUGUUGCGGCUACUCCGCAAUGAGAUUCGGUAUGAGCUUGAUCGUUCCCCUCCCCUUCCUCAACAGCUACCUGCUGAGAUCAAUGGAUUUAUGGUCGUCGAACGGCCUGGUGAAAAGUGGGUUAGCUUGGAAAAACAAUUUGGAGAGAAUGAAGAGAUUAAAGUUGAAGUCACAAUGUUUGAUGGGUCAGUCCCUGUUCCUAGAGAGGGUGAGAAAAGUGGUUUGCCUGGGCAGGAUGUUCAAUUGCAUAUCUCCAUGAUCAUUAGUGUAUUUAAGAUGAACUCUAACCAAGUUCUGGAGUUCAUUUGCUCAGCUUGGCCUGACACUAUAGCUAUAUCAAAACUUUUUGUGCGACCGCAAGCUAAGGUGCCACACCAGCCACCGUAUACGGGACCUAAAUUUAAGGAGUUGGAUGAUGAGCUGCAAGAUUCACUCUAUGAAUUUUUGGAAGAAAGGGGUAUAGAUGAUUCUCUUUGCGCUUACUUGCACAAAUAUGUAAAUCAUAAAGAGAAGGCUGAAUACAUUCGUUGGAUGAACUCCGUAAAAGCAGUGAUGGAAAAGUAGCAUGUUUGCCUCAAAAUGUAUGUGCCUGAUGGUGCAACUCUGGCAACUAUCAUGAAUCCCCUAUGUAGGACGGUCAAUGGUGACUUGUGCUAUGAUAUGACUGGUGAGAUUUUGUAAUCCCACCAUUCUUCCGCAAUAUUGUCAUCGUGCUCAUAUCAGUAGUAUGGAGUUAUAUAUGAAAUGCUGACUUCCUACUGCACCAUUUUUUGGUUCAGUGUACUGGAUCCCUCAUACACUACAGUCUACCAGACGAAGCUUGUAGUAUUUAUGAGAUCAAGGUUUGCUAUAUAGAAGUAUGAUCUUUAGGCUAAUUCAAAUGUGGAGGUCUGUUCUUUGAUAUUGUCUUUCUUCUGUCCUUCAGAAAUUAUCGUAUGGUUUUGAGCCAAUGUUUAGCUUAGAACAUGCGGCUAAUUGUGUACGAUCGUUCUGAAGAAGCUGCUUUGCUGAUUUACUUGAAAUAUCGAGUAAGUAUUUGCCUUUUGGUUGCCGUCAAAA